AUUUCGAAGUACGAUAACUCUCCGUAGAAGCUCGUAGAAUGACGCAAAGACUUCUGGAAAUCAUACCGUCAACAUGUCGGACAUCGAAUGGGAUGUGGACGAUUUCGAGCCGCCUCCGAAUAAGGCUCCGGCAUCGACAGACAAAUGGGAGGGAGAAGAUGAGGGAGGAGGAAAUUAGGGAUAAUUGGGACGACGAAGAUGAGGAUAAGGAGAAGACAGGAGACUCAACAACUUCAGCUCCUGCUAAAAGUAAGAAGAAGAAAUUAGCAGAUAAAAUUGCUGAGAAAGAGGCCAAACAGCAAGAAGAAAUUGAAAAACGAAGAAAAGAACUUGAGGAUAAAAGUAGAACUCAAAGUCCAGAAGAAAAAUUAGAAGAAAAAUUACGAUUACAAAAAAUUCAGGAGGAUGCCGAUCUAGAAUUAGCAAAUGACCUAGUUGGAAGCACUGUCGAAGAAGAUCUGAACAUUGCAGAAAAUAAGGUUUUGGAUGAAAUUGACUUGUCAGAUCGUGAUGGGCUCCAGUCCUUCAGAAAAGCAUUAGUGAAUAAGAUUAGAUCGACAGAUCGUUUAGAGAAACGACCGUUCUUUGUCAAUUUUGUUGAAGAUCUUAGUAGAGAUCUGUGUGAAAAUCUUGAAAUGGAAGAAGUCAAAAGAGUAUCAUCUGUCCUCAAUUCCUUAUAUAAUGAAAAGGUAAAAGCAAGUAAGCCUAAGUCUAAGAAGAAGGGAAAUAAACCAAAACUAAAUGUUGCACAAGGAGCAAUCAUUGAUAUAGGCAACGAUUAUGGAGCUGAAUAUGACGACUUUAUGUAGUGUAUUGUUCUUUUAGAAUACAUUUAAUAUUCAUUAGGCUUACAAAAAUUUCAUUUGUAUAUAAAAUUCCAUUGUUUUAUGGAUAAAAAGAAAAAAAAAUAAUUAAAUGGAAGAAAAUUUUAGCUUGUCAUUGCUGGAGUUGCCUGUGAUUGCCAAAAUGCAGCCUAUUAAAGAGAUUGUAUAUAUAUUUUUCUGGAUGCUGGGCUGUCAGCAUUCUCAUAAAGAAAUAUAUGCCCCCCUUUUUUUCCCCUAUACACCAAUUUCUUUAUAGUUGUGGUUGUUUUUUAAAAGUUUGAGAUCUUGGAGUAUCAAAGCAGAUUACAAUGAUCUAAUGCAGUUCUUUAUCCAGUUGGUGGCAAUAAUUGAUAGAAAGGAGAAAGGAAGUUGUUUUAUUUCUUCCUUUCAUGGAUUUGAAUAUAAGGUUAUAUAUUAGUGAUGUUCAUGUGUAAGUUAAGCAGCCAAGCAUUUGAUGGCUGAUUCCUAUCGACCAUUUCAUUUAUGGGAGAUAUUCUUGUCAAAACUUUAAUAAUUUGGUUAAUUUAAGUUUUUUUUUAAUUUUAUUGUAAUAUCAUUGACUUCUACUGUGUAACUUCCUUUUUUCUUUCUGAAUUCAUAUCUCCAUUUAAGUAGCGUUUAUUUCGUCAUCAAUUAUUCAUAUAGUGUAUGGUCAUUUUAAGUAUAUGGGUACAUUUUUGUUAUUUGACACAAUUUGGUAUUGUUUUUAGAGUCAAAUAUUAGUAUGCAGUUAAGAGUGUGCUUGACUGUCAGCACCCUCCAUUGGGCAGUGUAAGCAGCUUAUUUCUAAUUUACAUAAUCAUGAAUUGACAUACACUUCCUUAGUGGGUGAUUACAAGACAAGUUCCAUCCUUUCUACAUAGUGUUUUAAGCACCAUACCUGAUUGUAUUUGAGCUUGGAUUGAAGAUUUCUUUUUUUUUUUAAUAUUUAAUUUGGUUUGGUGUCAUAAUGGUUUUUCUUCCAUGGUGACCAAUCACUGCUUUUAUUGCCAUACAGUGCAAAAUCAAAUAUUCUCUUGCCAAGCUUACUUAUUGUUUGCAGAUACAACUUGUGGCCUUAAAAUGUUUUAUCUUGUGGGUGAGUGUUGACAAAUUCUCUCGUAACUGUUCCUUGUGGUAAAUAUAAUAAUUCUUGUCACUUUAAAGAUGAAGCGUAGAUACUGGUCACGUGCAGGAAUGUUUAUACUUUUUAUUUAUGUCUGAAAAGAAGACCUGCAACUUUGUGUUUAAAUCUCAUAAAGUAAUAAAGAAGUUUGUUAACA